AUGACAGCACGAGUUACAUCCUACCUCGCUAUAGGAUUAUUCUUCCACAUAUCUGCCACAGCCGCAGCACCAGCACUUAGACCCCCUCCCAAUCCCUUCUAUUAUGCCAUCCCAGACUCAGACGCGACCCUCGAGCUGUCUCCGUUAGGCCUGAUACGCGGUCGGGACGAAAACGUGGUAGAACAGGUCCUAAACAAAGCCACCCAAGCCAGCUUAGAUCCAUAUCGACCUCUGGUAGCAAUGUCCGAGGACGGGUACCAAUUGCAGGAUGAAGGCUUUCUUUUAGGAGUGACGCCAUCCGCAGAGAUACCUGGAGAAGAGCAUUUAACGUGGGGUAGAUGGACUGAUGCGCUUGCGGGUAUACAUGGCUAUGUAGAGGCGUAUCCUGGGUACGACCUCACUUUUGAUAUCUGGGUGACGCCAGAAGUUGGACAGAGCAAGGGGUACGUGGUUGGUACUGGUUUUGCCAUAACACGAAGACGAUGA